CACUCUCGCGCGGUCUAUGAAUGGUGACAUCACUGCUGCUGUAGCCGUAAAGUGAGGCCUCGUGUGCGGUGGUGGUGGAACAGCGCUUCUUCUAUCGAAAUGCCACCAAAAAAGCCUCCGGCGCCGCAGCAGCCUGCGAAGAAGACGGAGCAGAAGAAGAAGGAGAAAGUUAUUGAGGACAAAACAUUUGGUCUAAAGAACAAGAAAGGUGCCAAGCAGCAAAAAUUCAUUAAGAAUGUUACGCAUCAAGUGAAAGGGCAGCCUCGAGUGGCAACACAGACUGAGAAUGAUAAGAAAACCAAAAAGAAAGAACUUUCAGAACUGAAUGAUCUCUUUAAGCCGGUAGUAGCUGCACAAAAGGUCAGCAAAGGUGUUGAUCCAAAAUCUGUUGUCUGUGCGUUCUUCAAGCAAGGACAGUGUACAAAAGGCGAUAAGUGCAAAUUCUCCCAUGACCUAUCAUUAGAAAGAAAAUGUGAGAAGAGAAGUCUUUAUGUUGAUGGAAGAGAUGACGAGCUUGAAAAAGAUACAAUGGAUAAUUGGGAUGAGAAGAAGUUGGAGGAGGUGGUUAACCAGAAACACGGGGAAGCUGAAAAGAAAAAACCCAAAACUCAAAUAGUGUGCAAGUUUUUCCUUGACGCUAUAGAAAACAACAAAUAUGGGUGGUUUUGGGUAUGUCCUGGUGGAGGGGACGUCUGCAUGUAUCGCCAUGCCUUACCUGCUGGAUUUGUGCUGAAGAAAGACAAGAAGAAAGAAGAGAGAGGGGAAGAAAUUUCAUUAGAAGAUUUGAUCGAGAGAGAGCGAGCAGCUCUUGGACCAAAUGUUACCAGGAUCACCUUAGAAUCUUUCCUUGCGUGGAAAAAACGAAAAAGGCAAGAACGAAUAAUUAAAGCUGAAGAAGACAUGGAAAGAAGAAAAGCAGACUUUACAGCUGGAAAAUCUUUAGGGAUCAGUGGACGUGAAGUAUUUGAAUUCCGACCUGAGCUUGUAGACGAUGAUGAUGAAGAAGCAGAUGACACUCAGUAUAUAAUGGAACAGGAUGAAUAUGAGAAUGACGCUUCAGAUGUUCAGGAUAUUGAUCUCAGUCGAUUUGUUCUGAAAGAUGUUGAUGACACUGGAAUAACCGUAGCCAGCAGUGAACGUUUCAGCACAUAUAUGCCAUCAACCAAUAGAGAGGACAUAAAGUUAAGUGAAGCAUCAGGAGGAGAAAUGACAAAUGGUGAGCAUAGCGACUAUGAAGAAGAAAGUUAUGACGAGGAUCAAGAAGAUAAUUUGAUCAAUGAUGUGCCUGUUGAUGAAAACCUUUUUACUGGAGAAGAUUUGGAUGAACUUGAGGAACAGCUAAACACACUCGAGGAAUGAAUCUCACAGUUCACAUUUUACAUCACUAGUGAGAUAUUCAGACUGCCAAGCUCUUCAAAUUUUUUAUUAUUUUAAACAACAAAGUUUAAUUGUUCCCUUACUGCUUCUGAAGUGCACAUCAAGAAGAAAAAUAAACAAAUAAAAAUCUUAUGGUGUUGUCCUGAGAUUAGCAGACUGAUGAAACUCUCUAAAGGAAUGACAAAGUUCUCUUUGGGUGUAGUGGUAUGUGAUGUCUUUUACUAUAACGCAAAUUUCUGUGUUGAUUUGUAAUGAUUUAGUAAAUGCAUCCAGCAAGAACCUA